AUGAUCGAUGCCAAUGAGACCAAAAUCUACCUUAACAGCUACGACAAGCACACAACCAGUGUCGGACAGUCUACUUUGCCAGUUUACGAUAUCCUCAGCGACUCUUGGGACGUUGUGAGGGCUAAAGAUCCAUUCAAUGUCUCGAAUAACCUUAAUUUAUACACCCCGGCGUCUUCUCACGAUGCCGGAGGGUCAGCAUCCUUCUUCUCCGCCAAGACCCGUGUAUUUUCAGAUUACGGUCAAGAUUUAUAUAGCGAGAAGUACCAUGGCCUGAUCACCAUCGAUGUUUCCAAUAGCUCCAAUCUGAUUUGGAAGCUCGAUCCCAGUAUACCUAUGCCAUAUCUCCCUGGAAGUACCACGCAGUAUGUGAGAUAUGGCGCCACUGGUGUUUUGGUCUCUAUAGGCGGCUGGAUUUCUCAGCCUCCGCUUGUCUCGGAAACGUUGAACUACUCUGGUCUAUAUCGCGAUGUUCGUCAAUCGCGAAGCUUCAACAGUACAUUUCUACGCAGCAUGUCGCAGAUUCAGAUCUUCGACAUUGCAGCUGGUCAUUGGAUCGAGGUGACUGCUACCGGCGAUAUACCACCGCCACGAUGUGACCUCUGUUCAGCUCUCAGCGUCGCACCUGAUGACUCGAGUUUCAUUAUAACCGUCUAUGGCGGUAUCGCAGGCAGAGAUCCUCCCUUUGCAGAUCUCUAUGCCCUGAUCAUGCCUGCCUUCCAUUGGAUCAAGAUCAACGCGUCGACUACUGAUGACAGUCUUGCUGGGCAGAAGUCUGAUGGUAGACGAGAUCAUUUUUGCUUGGCUUAUAAGGACCGUUAUAUGUUCGUUUUGGGCGGCGAAGGGAGUAUUUCGACAAUUGACAAACCUUGCACCGAUAGUCCUCCUGCGCUGAGAAUGCUGGAUCUGACUACAUUUGAAUGGCAAAACCAGGCUCUCAUCAACAAGCCGUAUGAGGUACCACAAGCAGUCAUCGACAUCGUCGGGGGAGGCCCAAGUGGCGGCGCAAACCCCACAAGCUCAUGGCAACAAGUGCUUGGGGAAAAUAUUGGCUUGUUCAACAAGACAAUUGCAAGGCGAGGAGCGCCAACUAUCCUGAAGACGAAGAACGAUGGUGGCGGCGCAAAUACAAAUCCUGUGUCAUAUCCCUCUGGUGGUAGAAAGGGAAUCAUCGUUGGCAGUACAAUCGGAGUCAUCGUGGGGGUUGUGAUAGGUGGUUCUUUUUCCUUCUAUGUAAGUAGGAGAAGGAAACAAUCGCGAGAAGAGAACGAUAAACGGGCCUCCCAGAAGCCAGAGCUGGAGAAUUCCAUCGGAUCGACAGCCAUUAUUCCACCAUUGGUCGAAAUUGACAAUGCUGCACGUGAGCUUGAGUUAGACGGAUCAACGUCCAUAAAAGAAGCCCCUGCUGCUGAGCAUUGCCCCGAAGUCGCAGGUGACUGGCAUGCUUCUGAACUCCCUGGGAGUUGA